AUGUCUUCGAGCGAGAACAGUUUCAUGCCGAAGCCUUUGUCGCCUCAAGAGCGAUCAUCAUCGCAGGCCUUGCAAACUGAGCCAGCUACUCAUCCGGAUUCUACUGCUGCUGCUACUGCUUUCUUAGGACGGAGCCCGAAACUACUGAGGAUAGCUUCUGCGUCAACAGCAGCAGCAAGAACAACGUCAUCGUCAACAGCCAUUACUCUGCUGGGCUCUAUGCCUCUGACGGUGAUUACCGCUGCUACUACAUUCUUGGGUAUCCUAAAGGAUAGUCUGCGGAAUGAACCAGAGAUUUUAAGGCUCUACCUUGAAAUCUUGGAUGAUCACGAGAAGCAAAAGAUUAAUGGAACCGAGAUGAUUGAUCGUGUAUCGAUCUUGUUUGAAAAAUAUCCUCUUGUUCACACAGAAUUCAAAGAGUUUUUGUCGGCAGAGAAUAAAUAUCAAGAGCAGGAUCCUCCUCCUCCCUCUCUUCCUUCUCCUCCGUCUCCACCUCCAGCACCUCUCAAUAGUAUUUCAAGAAUCAGAGGCAUGGGCUCCAUUCAUAACAGGGCCAGGUCUAACUCGAUUGUCACGCCUUUUCUCCAUCCCACAGCCUCAACAGCCGUCCGUAUAAUCGUUCUGACCAAACUUAGUCAAGGCCUGAGAGACUUCUAA